AUAUAUACCAUUUUUAAUACUAGAAAUUAAUUUAAGACAAAGAUGAAGUAUGAUAAUAUUGGCAAAACAUGGAAAAAACUAAGUGGUGAAAAUAAUUGGGAAGGCCUCUUAGACCCCCUUGAUAUCGAUCUCCGUAGAUGCAUAAUCCAUUACGGGGAAUUGGCUCAAUCAACCUACGACACCUUCAAUAGCUCGAAAUUAUCGAAAUAUGCUGGUAGUAGUCGUUACUCUAAGAAGGGUUUCUUCUCAAAAGUAGGUCUUGAAAAUGGAAAUCCGUACAAGUACCGCGUUACAAAGUUCUUGUACGCAACUUCAGGGAUAGAUGUGCCCGAUGCCUUCAUAUUUAAGUCAUUGUCAAGGGAGGCAUGGUGUAAAGAGUCCAAUUUCGUAGGGUUUGUUGCGGUGGCAGAGGACGAGUCUGUGGCAUUGUUGGGAAGGAGAGACAUUGUUGUUGCUUAUAGAGGGAGUAUUCAAUCCAUGGAAUGGGUUAAUAACUUGCAAUUUGUUUUAGUUUCGGCGUCUGAUUUUCUUGGAUGUGGUGAUGAUGACCCUAAGGUACAUGAAGGAUGGCACUCUAUUUAUACUUCCGAUGAUCCUAAAUCCCCUUUCAACAAGACUAGUGCUCGAAAGCAGGUUCUACACGAGAUUCAACAUUUGAUUGAGCAAUACAAGAAUGAAGUGGUAAGCAUAACAAUAACAGGCCAUAGUAUGGGGGCAGCACUUGCAACAUUAACGGCAGCUGAUAUAGUAGUUAACAACAUAAACAGGCCGGAAAACUGCCCGGAAAAAUCAUGCUUGGUAACAGCCAUCUUAUUUGCUAGCCCUAGAGUAGGAGACUCUAACUUCAAAAAGCUGUUUUCAAGACAUAAUGAAAAUCUAAAGAUCUUAAGGGUACAUAAUGCCCUAGACGUUGUGGCUUAUUAUCCACCAAUCAACUAUUUCCACGUGGGAGAGGAGCUUUUGAUCGACACAAUAAGAUCUCCAUACUUGAAGUUCCCUGGAAAUUUUUGGACAUGGCAUAAUUUAGAAGCAUACUUGCAUGGGGUUGCAGGAACUCAUGGUAGCGAGGAAGCGUUUAAGUUCGUAGUAGAUCGUGAUAUUUCAUUAGUAAAUAAAAAUUUGGAUAAUUUAAAGGAUGAGUUUCUUAUCCCAGUUGGUUGGUGGAUGAUGGUGAAUAAGGGCAUGGUUCAGCAAUCAAAUGGUUCUUGGGCUUUGAUGGAUCAUGAAACAGAUGAUGACGACUUUGACUAUUAAUAACUAGUCAUAUAUACACGCGAUGCGUGCGAUAUUAUAUAAAAAUUUAAAUUGACCACUAAAUAUAAAUAUUAGAUAAAAAAAAGUGUUCACAAAGUUCAUAUUUAAAAAAAUUAAGGUUAUACUAUAUGAUCAUACAUCUAAAUAGUAAAACAGAGUAAUCAUGUCUUAGGUGGAUGGGAGGAACACUGAGAAUGCAUUGGGGCCCACCAUAAUUUCGGUGGUCAGAAGAAUUUUCGGCAAAUGGAGCUAAAGGCUAUUGAAUUUGCUCUGGAGGGUGCUAGAAGAUACAAUUGGAGGUAUGUUGAGCUGCAUAUAGGGAAUAAAGAGACUUCAGACAUCAUUGCAGGAAGGAAGAAAGGAAGCGUGGAUGGGAGGAACACUCUAAGAAAUAUUCAUAGUAUAUUGCAUGACUUUCAUUGUGCUAGUUUAGUUUCUACUCAUAAAUAUCACUCAAACAUUAGAGAGAGUUAGACUCUCUUUUCUCACCUCUGUAAAAUAAAUUAAAUUAAAUAAAAUUGUAACAAGUGGAACCGUUGAUUAAACUAAC